UUUAAUAGUUUUGUUGCACGCUCAUUUUUAUUUUUGUCUUGUGGGCUCAGCCUAUACUUUUGUUUUAUUGAAAAAGUUACCUUUUUUUUAUGAGUUGUUAUGAACUUAUUGUGAUAUUAUUGUUCUUCUAUCUAUGAUGCUAUUAAAAGGGUUUCCUAACAUUCAACUCUAGGUUUGUUUACCUUACUCUUUUCCUUUUUCAGCAGCCACCAUUGCAUUCAGUAUCUAUAAUAUAGGAAAGGAUCAAGUGGAAUGUGGUGUUUUAGUGUGAGAGCUAAGAGAUUGAUAAGUAAGAAAAAGUUUAGCAUUAGAGGGAAAUUGAGGAAGAUGAUCAAGUGUGUGUGUUCUAGUGAGAAGUUAGAUUUAGAAGAAAUGAAUUAUUCAUCAGAGUCUCUUGCAACUAGGGACUAUUCAGCAACAGCAAGUGGUUAUUCAUCACGUCCUCGUGAAAAUGAAUCAAAGGUGGAUAAUAGUAACAUUGAAGAAGCAGAGUCCUCUCUUCGUGAAAGUGGCUAUUUAAACUAUGAGGAAGCUAGAGCCUUGUUAGGAAGACUUGAGUAUCAGAAAGGAAACAUUGAAGCUGCACUUCAUGUAUUUGAAGGAAUUGAUAUUGCUGCUGUCAUUCCCAAGAUGAAAAUGUGUAUAUCUAAAAGAUGUGAAUCCAAUAAUAAACGCGGUUCACAAAGUGAUUCAGUUCCUUCUAUGUCAAUACAUGCUGUUAGUUUACUUCUUGAAGCUGUUUUUCUCAAAGCUAAAUCAUUGCAGACUCUUGGAAAGUUUCAAGAGGCUGCUCAAUCAUGCAAAACUAUAUUAGAUACUGUUGAAUCUGCAUUACCAGAAGGGUGGCCUGAAAACUUUGUUUCAGACUGUAAAUUACAAGAGACAGUAACAAAAGCUGUAGAACUGCUUCCAGAGUUGUGGAACCUUGCAGGCUCACCUCAAGAUGUUAUCUUAUCAUUUAGGAAGGCAUUGCUUUAUCAUUGGAAUCUUGGCAUUGAAGCAACUUCAAGAAUACAAAAGGAAUUCGCAUUGUUUCUUUUAUACAGCGGUUGCGAAGCCACUUCUCCUUCUCUUCGGUCGCAGUUGGAUGGUUCCUUCGUGCCAAGAAACAACAUAGAAGAAGCUGUUCUUCUGCUUCUGAUUCUGAUGAGAAAAUCAGUUAUUGGAAGCAUAGGAAAGGACCCUUCAAUAAUUCAUCACCUUUCUUUUGCUUUAAGUGUUUGUGGUGAAUUCCUGACACUGGCUAAACAGGUUGAGGAAUUAGUUCCAGAAGAUAUGAAAAGAAGAGAAAGAUAUUAUACUCUAGCUCUUUGUUACUGUGGAGAAGGUGAAAAUAUGGUUGCAUUGGAUCUUUUGAGGAACUUUUUGAAUAAUAGAGAGAACUCAGAUUGCAUAGAGGAAUUAGUUUUAGCUUCAAAAAUUUGUGCAGACAACAAGGUUUGUGUUGAAGAUGGAAUCAAAUUUUCAAGCAAGGCAAUUGCUCAGAUGUAUGGAAAAUGCAAGCAAAUGGAAGCUAUUGCAAACUGUUUACUAGGUGUUCUACUGUCAACAAAAUCCAAAUCAUCUGCUUCAGAAUCAGAGAAAAUUUUGAUACAAUCUCAAGCAUUUAGUGCUCUACAAGGUGCUGAGGCAUUGAUGAAAGAAAAUGAUCCUUACAUUGUUCUUAAUCUUUGUCUAGAAUAUGCUGAACAUAGGAAUUUGAGAAUUGCUUUUGAUCAUGCAAAGAAACUGGUUAAGAUGGAAGGUGGAUCAAGUGUUACUGGAUAUAUACUACUAGCGCGAAUUUUAUCGGCUCAAAAGAAGUUUGUUGAUGCAGAGAUUGUUAUUGAUGCUGCUAUAGAUCAAAGUGGAAAAUGGGAUCAAGGAGAAUUGUUAAGGACUAAAGCUAAGCUUCAGAUUGCACAGGGAAGAUUGAAAAAUGCUAUUGAGACUUACACUUUUUUUCUUGCUGUUCUUCAAGUGCAAAAUAAAAGUAUAGGCACUUCAAAUAAAGUUAUGAAGUGGAAGAGAAAUAGUAAUAGAAGACUAGAAAUGGAAGUAUGGCAUGAUUUAGCCAAUUUGUACACAUCCUUGUCACAGUGGAGUGAUGCUGAAGUUUGUCUUGCUAAAUCUCAAGCUAUUAAUCCCUAUUCUGCUUCUAGAUGGCACUCCACAGGUUUACUUUAUGAAGCAAGAGGACUUCAUCAAGAAGCAUUGAAAUCAUAUAAAAAAGCAUUAGAUAUUGAUCCAAACCAUGUGGCAAGUUUGAUAUCAACAGCUUGUGUUCUAAGAAAACAUGGUGGUGAAUCAUGUUCAAUUGUUAGAAGCCUUCUCAAUGAUGCAUUAAGGAUUGACAGAACAAACUCAUCUGCAUGGUAUAAUCUUGGACUUCUCUACAAGAAUGAUUUGGGGACAUCAACAUUGGAAGCUGCUGAAUGUUUUGAGAUAGCUGUUAUUCUUGAAGAAUCUUCUCCCAUUGAACCCUUUAGAUAACACUUCUCCUUUCAUUUUUUGGGGGUGAUUGUAAAGUUGCUAUAUUAUAUUUUUUUAUAAAUGAAUUAGCUUUUUUGGGUCGAAGAUAAAUGAAUUAGUAAAGUUGCUUUUUUUUUU